AUGGGUUGUUAUCUCUGCCACUGGGACGUUUGGCAUGCAGCAAACUGCGGUGGGCGAUUAAUAGCUAUUUGCCUCUAUACGAGCACCUGUGAAGGGUGUUUGUUCUCUGGUUGCCGGAGCUUUUAUUGCGUGCGAGACGUCGGCGGUUGCUUGUUUAUUUUCCAUUAUUUAUUUAUUUGUAUUAUCGUGAGACGCUGUUUUGCUCGAUGGAGCGCAGUGUUAGGAAGGAGAACUGUUUGCGCAAUCUGGCGUCACGCCGUGCGGUGCGCUUACUGGGAGAACAGCGGCUCUGUUGAACAAAUGUUCAACUUGACGGCAAAAUACUUUUGUCGGGAUGCCGGUGGUAGGAAAAGAUAUGCUUAG